GAUGUGUCGCCAUGGUAACCGAGCAUGCUUUGAGGAAAUGUUCGCCGGAUUUUUUUCUCUCGGUUCUGGAUUUUUCAUCCGAUUUUUGUCCCUUUUUAAAUCUUUGUUCCUGUUUUCCUGUUGGUUUGGGAGCGCGCGCUCUUAGCAUGCAGAUGAACAGAUGAUUUGUUUCCCCGCGCGCUCAAGCGUCAUCAGAUGACCGGGGGAGGAGUAGGGGGCGUGGUUUGGACGGACGGGGUUUCGGACUCAGAUCCGGCAGCGACCGAUCCAGACCCCGUGUGUCACCUGGACUGCCGUGACCGAGCACCGCUACGGGACCGCCGAGUCCCCGGUCCAGGUCCUGAGCGCAGCUGCGGUGCGGAGGAUGAGGUGACCUGACAGACAUGGUCGACCCGUUGAGCGUGGCUGCAGCGGCCUUCCAGCUGUGGGCGUUGGUGGUGGUGUUCUUCAUCGUGCUGCCCGCCAUGUUCGGCGUCUCUCUGGGCGUCAGCGGCGUCUACAUCCAGAUCCUGGUCAGGAUCCUGCAGUGGGCGACCGUACGGAUCCAGAGGGGACGGCACGAGCAGCCCGGCGCCGCCACCCCGUCCACAGGGAUCAUAGAGCACUCGGGGGGGUCCAUGGAGGAGGAGUUGGAGCAGCUGCGGCUGUCGCGGCGUCCGGAGGCGGGCGAGUUUACUCUGAGCGACGUCAUUUACUUCUGUCAGAAGGGUCUGGAGAGCAUCGUGGAGGACCAGGUGACGCAGCGCUUCUCCUCCGAGGAGCUGGCCUCCUGGAACCUCCUGACCCGGACCAAUCAGAACUUCCAGUACAUCAGUCUCCGCCUCACCGUCUUCUGGGUGCUCGGCGUCCUGGUGCGGUACGGCGUGCUCCUCCCUCUGAGGGUCGCUCUGGCCGUCAUCGGCCUGUGGUGGUUGGUGAUGGGAACCUCUGUGGUGGGGUUUCUGCCGGAGAGCAGCGUGAAGAACUGGCUGAGCGAGCUGGUCCACCUGACCUGCUACCGGAUCUGCGCCAGAGGACUGUCCGCCACCAUCCACUACCACGACAAGUGGGGCAGAUUCACGGGGGGCUGAUGGGGGUCAUCCAGAGGUCCAUGCUGAGGUCCUGCCCCCACAUUUGGUUCGAGAGGUCCGAGAUGAAGGACCGGCACGCCGUGACCAGCAGGCUCAGAGCGCACGUCUGCGACAAGAACAAACUCCCCAUCCUCAUCUUCCCUGAAGGAACCUGCGUCAACAACACGUCCGUCUUGAUGUUCAAGAAAGGAAGCUUUGAGAUCGGAGGAACGAUUCAUCCGGUCGCCAUCAAGUACGACCCUCGCUUUGGAGACGCCUUCUGGAACAGCAGCAAGUACAACAUGGUGAGCUACCUGCUGCGCAUGAUGAGCAGCUGGGCCAUCGUGGUCAACGUGUGGUACCUGCCCCCCAUGACCAUCCAGGAGGGGGAGGAUGCAGCUCAUUUUGCCAGCAGGGUGAAAUCUGCCAUUGCGCGUCGGGGGGGCCUGCUGGACUUGGCAUGGGACGGGGGCCUGAAGAGGGGGAAGGUGAAGGACUGUUUCCGGGAGGAGCAGCAGAAGAUGUACAGCAGCAUCGUGGUGCAGAACGGCAGCCAGCCCCCGGGGGCCAUCCGAGCCCCCCAUGAGGACGAGUGAACCCCCCAAGAGGACGAGUGAACCCCCCAAGAGGACGUUUCUCUGCUUCAGUUCUCUGUAGAACUCCGUUUCCGCUGCGGUUCCUCAGCCUGCAGUACACCGAGCUAACCAGCAGAUGGCGGUGUGGGAUCACACAACUCUAGCAGUCUCCAUCAUCAGUGAGAUGAGGAAGAGCUGCUGCUCAUAAAGAUACUCUGAUGAACUUAACAGGUUCCUGGAAGGACAGAAGAACCAGAGAGACGCUCUGCAGGAACCUGAGCUGGAGUUCUGCAGAACUUCUGAGGUUCUGAGGAGUUCAGCUCAGGUUGAUGUGAAAUACUGAUCAAAGUCAAAGUCAACUUUAUUGUCAAUCCUUCAUAUCUGCUGACAUACAACAAAUUGAAAUUCCGUUUCCUGCUCUCCCAGAAAAGACAAUUUACAACAUUAUGAUGGUUUCAGCACAGACACGAGAAGAAGAUCUCCUCUGGUCCUGAUAUCUGGUCCUGAUCUCUGGUCCUGAUCUCUGGUUCUGAUCUCUGGUCCUGACCUGUGGUUCUGACCUCUGGUUCUGAUCUCUGGUCCUGAUAUCUGGUCCUGAUCUCUGGUUCUGAUCUCUGGUCCUGACCUCUGGUCCUGACCUCUGUUUCUGAUCUCUGGUCCUGACCUCUGGUCCUGACCUCUGUUUCUGAUCUCUGGUUCUGACCUCUGGUUCUGACCUCUGGUCCUGACCUCUGGUUCUGACCUCUGUUUCUGAUCUCUGGUCCUGAUCUCUGGUCCUGAUCUCUGGUCCUGAUCUCUGGUUCUGACCUCUGUUUCUGAUCUCUGGUCCUGAUCUUCUCCAUUUUUGUCUCCAUGACGACUAAACAAUCAGUACCCCCCGAUUAGCCGAGUUCAAAUCAUCUCAGGAUGAAGGAUCAGAAUCUGCGUCUCUUCUGGAAGAUCAGAUCAUCCAGAUUAUAAUCCGGCCCUUCGUUGAGGUCCGGACUCAGCGGGCCCAUCUUCAUCCUGCAGGUCAGAGGAGAACUUCUGAAUCUUCUCCGGGUUCAGAGAAGGAGCUUCUGAGAACCUCAGCUGAACAGAACCGAGAUCCAGAGAAACGUCUGAGGGAAACGCGGGUCGUGACCCGUCAGGGGACCGGCUGACCCGGAUCGGUUCUGUUCAGCUGGAUGUUCCCCGUUUUUAAAGUCUCCUGCAGCAGAAUCCUGCUGGAACAAACGGUUCUGGUUCUGGUCCGGGGGUCAGAUUCUGUUUGUGACUUAAAUAAGGAGAAUUUCCCCAGAAAUCCUGUUUUCAUCAUGAUUCGUUUUAUUUUUGUUGUUGUUCGUUUAUUGGUUGUUUGUUUGUUUUCAUGUUUUUCUCCUGAUGAUUCAAACAGAUCUCGUCUCCAUCAGAUCAAAUAAAGAUUCAAUAAAAUCAUUUUAAACAAC